CUGAGUGCACGCUGGUUAAAGUUUACUGCAGAAACUGACUGAAGACAGACAGACAGACAGAGAGAUAGACGGGUUGAGAGACAGACAGGCACCUACGUAGCCACUGUAAAGAUUAGAGACAGACAGGCUCAGAUAGAGACAGACAGAUAGUGGACACAUAACUUAAUGUAAAGUGUUAUUUGAUACAGCAGGGGAUGUAAACAGACACUGAAAGAGACAGAUAGACAUCAGGCAACAGGAUGUUGUCAAAGAAGGAGGAGCGGAGGACUUUCGGCAACGGGAGGCUCAGAGACCAAUGGGAGCAGAGAGCUCAGAGCGUGGCAGACCAGUGCAAAAAGGAGGAGGCACGGAAGGAGAAAAGUUCUCUUAAGUUACUUUUCUCAAAGUGGAAUUAUCAUUGGUUGCUGGUCAAAGGAGAGAAGGCAAAAGAAGACGCAAUCACUGGCAAAGAUGAGGCAGAAAAACCCAAGCCAAAAAUUAGAUUCAAAAUUGUCCCUCCUCCUCCCAAACCCAAACCUAAGCCUCCACCUCCACCUCCUCCCAGGAGGACAGCUUCACCCAAACCUCUGAUAACAAGACGCAAAGUAGAGGUGGAUGUAUUCCGGAUAUAUUGGAGAGAGUCCUGGAUGAGUCUGAAGCCUCCAAAGUAUCUUUUCCUGAGGGCCAAAGAACCAAAGGCUGAAAUCGUGGGAUUCCCAAUUAUAGAGCUGACUAACAGCAGGGAGUACAAACCAAAGGGAUACGAAUUGGAGACUGAAUGGACAUGUUCUACUGAUGAAUGGAGUCAGUCCUGGAAACAGGUGAAGGAUCCAGCCACGCCAGAGCCCUUUGAGGAGAAACAGAUCCAGUGGGAGAUUUUGUUCGUCAGAGACCUGCUUUCCAGAACUGAAAUAGGACAAACCCUCAGGUUGGGAGGAAUCAUGGAAACUAUCUGAGGUAGAAUUUGAACCUGAAGACACAACAGACAGUACGCCCAAUAC